AAGGAAAGGAGAAGAGGCUUCACCAUCCAUGCGGCGUGUGUAGAGAGAGAGAGAGAGAGAGAGAGAGGGGUAGCAGUAGCAAGCAAGGGCAGGCCAGGCCAUUGCAGGACCAGCACCAGCGUCCGGUUCGCUGCACCACUCUGGAGCCAGCACUGCAGGUGGGCGCCGUGGGUGUGGUUGGGGUGAGAGAGAGAGAGAGGGAGGGCGUCUGCGUCUGGCCCUUUCACCUUCUCGCGUAGCUCCGUAGAGAUAGAGUGCCGCCGCCGCCGCCUGCAUCCUGCUACCACGGGUCGAGACGGGUAGAUGAGGAGGAGGAGGAGAACAGCUCGUCACUGACGCUGUGAGUUGCGGGGCGACCACAUCCAUCCGUUCCCCCUUUCCCUUCUCCAUUUCCCCUUUCCGGAGCCAGGGUAAUGGGGCAGAUGGGAGGACCAGACGGCGACGGCCCGCACCACCAGUACCACUACCAGGCGCUCCUCGCCGCCGUGCAGAACCCCAGCCAGGGCCUGCACGUGCCUCUCCACGCAGGAGCGGGAGCGCCCGCCGCCGGACCAGGACCCAGACCUGGAGCUGAUGCUGAUGCCUCCUCCACGCAUAAUGCCAAUGCCACUCCCCACUCUCAGCCUCCAAGAGCUUUCACUGAUUGGAGCGCGUCCAACAGUGCCUUUGCCGCACAGCCCGCCCCUGCUACCACCAAUACACCCUUCCACUACAACCUCUCCCAGUCUUAUGCCCUAUGGACCCAUUACAUGCUCAACAAGAAUGUAUCCUACUCUACUUACUCUACACCACAUGAGCCGUUGCGCCAUACCCACAUCCCGGAUAAGUAUUCAGGUUGUGCAUUCAGCCUUGGGUUUGACUCUUUCACUACGAUGUCCCUUGGACCAAAUAUUUGUGCCAACAUGACGCCCAUGGAAAGAUCUAUAUCUGCCAAAGAACCUGAGAAUUCAGAGGAUUUGCCUACAGUAGUUAGAAGCAGUGAUGAAAUGGACACUAGAAACAGUGGCGACGUUCGUCGUGACACAGUUGACACUCUUCCUGAGUCGAAGCAGAGCCAUGAAAGUUGCGCUUCUGUUAGUAACAAGUUCGACUCUGGAGAGUACCAAGUCAUUUUGCGCAAGGAGUUGACUAAGAGUGACGUUGCAAAUUCCGGGCGAAUUGUGCUUCCCAAGAAGGAUGCUGAGGCUGGUCUUCCACCAUUGGUGCAAGGAGAUCCUCUGAUACUACAGAUGGAUGACAUGGUGCUUCCGAUUAUAUGGAAAUUUAAGUAUAGAUUUUGGCCAAACAACAAAAGCAGAAUGUAUAUUCUGGAAGCUGCAGGUGAAUUCGUGAAGACACAUGGCCUUCAGGCAGGGGAUACACUCAUUAUCUACAAAAACUCCGUACCUGGCAAAUUUAUUAUCCGUGGGGAGAAGUCCAUUCAGCAGACAAACCUGUAGACACAAAUUGAUGUGAUUGACACCAUCAGAUAUGGUGCUCGAGGAUACACCAUACGUUCAGAAUUGAGUUGUUAUCGACUUCUGUAAUGUUUCACCAUCACAUUGGGAUAAGUCGAAAAGGAGAAUCACGAGUCUGAGACACCGCGUGAAUGGAGGGAAGGAGGAAGACAUUGGAAGUGCGCCUAAGUUCAGAACAAGUGGUUCAUGUCCUACGCCCCCCCCCCCCCCCCCCCCCCCCCCAACCGGUUGUAUUUGGAUGGCUGAGUCCUGCUGCACAUUGCAUUCUGAAGAACAUUCGUAGUCUUUUUGUUUUGUAAAUAUUUUGGAUCUAUAAGAUAAAGGAAGCGGUUUGGAACUUACGCAAAUUCUGAUACAUCCUUCUCUUGUCUCAUUCAUUUUUACCAAUAUAUUUGAUAAUUUUGA